GUGACCAAAUGUCACACGCAUGCUGGAUCACCCUUUUUACAAAGGAAGAUAUGCUACUGUGUUUAAAUUCCAAAAUAAAAUAUAAAAAAAAGACAAUAACAAUAAGAGCAGAGAAAGAGAAAGAGAAGAAAGAAAUAUUCAUAAAGUUUCUUCUUUCAACCUAACAAAACUUCAGUGCUGUUUAUCCUUCAAUUCUUCUUCUUCUUUGUUUUAACAGAAAAAUGGAGUUUGCGGUGGCAAAAGCUUUGAAACCGAGUUUGAGGAGGGAGUUUGUUUUUCAACAAACGCUUGGUGAAGAACUGUUUAGCUUUAACUCGAACACGGUGGUUGCCGGUGAAGAUUUCUCGGUGGACGACCUCCUUGACUUCUCCAACGGCGAUGAACAACACCACGAGGGAGAUGAAGAAGAAAAAGAUAGUUUAUCUCUUUCCUCUCACUCGCUCUCGGAAGAUAGCAACUCCAAUUCCACCGACGCUUCCUAUGAUUCCAUUUUCUCAACUGAAUUACUCGUUCCGGAUGAUGACGUGGCAGGCCUUGAAUGGGUUUCUCAUUUUGUAGAUGAUUCUUUACCAGAGCUUCCUCUUCUCUACCCGGUUCAACUUCAAACCAACGCGUAUCCUCAAAAUGAACCGAACCAUGAAAAACCUUUUCGUUUUUCUUCUGAUAAAAUUACCAGAAAAACCAGAACCGUCAAGAGCAGAAAACCAAACCCUCGGGCUUGGGCUUUUAGCCCUUUGAUUUUGCGUCCGUUUUUUCCGUCUACGGUCUUUGCAGAGCCGCCAGCGAAGAAACAGAAGAAAAAGGCCCAGGCCCAGGCCCAAGUUGAUGGAGUUGAAGCCCAAGAUGAGGGCCAUUUACAGCGACGGUGUAGUCAUUGCCAAGUGCAGAAGACGCCGCAGUGGAGAACCGGUCCGUUAGGAGCUAAAACCCUAUGUAACGCGUGUGGGGUUCGGUAUAAAUCCGGUCGGCUUUUUUCGGAGUAUAGACCGGCUUGUAGCCCAACUUUCAGUAGUGAAAUUCACUCCAAUAGCCACCGCAAAGUGUUGGAGAUGAGGAAGAGGAAAGGGAUGGUUGGACCGGAAUCCGGUUUAUCGGCUCAGACCCAAAUAGUUACAACUUGCUGAGAGUUUAGAUUAGGAAAGAGUUUAAUGGGUUAGUUGUUAUACCUCGACCAAACGGUUUGAACCGGGUUCAUCUUUUUUGUAAAAUAUUUAGUGGUUGUAGUUGUAGUGGUAGUCAGGUAGGCAGCAGGUAAGGGAUAUUAUUAGGAAGGUAUGGAGUGUUUUUAUUUUUAUUCCAUUUUCUUAGCUUUGUUCUUUUUAAUUAAUCUAAUACAGUUAUAAGUUUUUUUUAACAAA